AGUUGUCAUCCUUGGUGUGAACGGGCCUUUACACUCCAUGAUUACACAUUUUUCUGUCUUCAGACACAAGCUGGAUGUGGUAUCAUGCGGUAAAGCCACAGUACGUGUACAGAAAGCCAUCUGCAGUGGUUUCUUCCGAAAUGCAGCCAAAAAAGACCCUCAAGAAGGUUACAGGACCCUCAUAGACCAGCAGGUGGUCUACAUCCACCCCUCUAGUGCGUUGUUCAAUCACCAACCAGAAUGGGUGGUGUAUCAUGAGCUUGUGCUGACCACUAAAGAGUACAUGAGGGAGGUGACCACCAUUGACCCAAGGUGGCUUGUAGAAUUUUCUCCAGCAUUCUUCAAAGUCUCUGAUCCCACACGCCUCAGCAAGCAGAAGAAACAGCAGCGGUUGGAGCCCCUCUACAACCGCUACGAGGAACCAAAUGCCUGGAGAAUAUCCAGAGCCUUCAGACGACGCUAGAACCUUCACACAGCGUCCUCAUAGACUGCGAGUGUCCCAUACUGCCGCUGAACAAAACAUCAACUUUGUGGUGUUGGCAGAGUAGAGGAUAAAAUGGACAGAAUCUAAAAAUGUUCGUAAGAAACAUGAGGUGCCCCAUUUUUUAAAUUUUUUUUUAUAUACAAACAUAUUUUAAUUUAAAGGAGACUUUUCCUCAAAUUUUAGCUAACCUGG